AUUCACUUAUCAGAUAAAAAUCUCACAAGCCAGCUUUAAUUUGUCCAUCAACACAAUGCCUGCCCAGAAUUUGUUCAGCAUUAGCAUCUUCUUCAUCGUCUUCAGAGAAACGCUCGAAGCCGUCGUCAUCGUAUCCGUUCUUCUUGGCCUUGUCCAGCAGAUCGUCCAUGGCGACGUAGACCAGUUCACUACACUCACGGAACGUUCUCGGCCCGUUUCAACUCACCAGAACGACAGCGAGACAACUAUACAAGCAGAAGGAGAAUCAGAUGAUAUCCUCAAGAGACGCUUGAUCCGCAAACUUAGAAUACAGGUUUUCGCUGGUGCAGGCAUAGGCUUGUUCGCUUCAUUCGCCUUGGGUGCUGCAUUCAUCGCAGUCUGGUUCACUAAGGCCUCAGAUCUCUGGUCCAAGGCUGAACUUCUCUGGGAAGGCAUCUUCGAACUUAUUGCAUCCGUGAUGAUUUUUGUCAUGGGCGUUACUAUGCUCAAGUUGGACAGGGCCAAAGCUAAAUGGCGCGUGAAGCUCCAGCGCGCGUUCAGCGGUCAACAUGUCGAUCGUCGCACAAUGACUGGGAAAUGGGUACUCUUCAUUCUUCCAAUGAUAACUGUCUUGCGUGAAGGAAUCGAAGCUGUCGUCUUUGUUGGGGGUGUCGCACUCGGACAGCCCGCAAAAUCAAUUCCCAUUGCAGCAAUCGUUGGCCUUGUUUGUGGACUUGUUUGUGGCUUUUUCAUUUACCAGUUCGCUAGCCGAACCACUCUGACCAUUUUCCUUAUCGUUAUGACGAAUUUGAUCCUCCUCAUUGGGGCUGGCCUGUUCAGUAAAGCUGUCUGGGCUUUCCAGGAGUACGCUUUCAACAGAAUGCUUGGCACGGAUGUCGACGACUCAGGCGGUAGUGGACCCGGAUCGUACGACGUUCGCGGGAACGUAUGGCAUCUUGACUGCUGUAAUCCCAACACCGACCAGGCAUGGGGCGUGUUUAACGCCGUAUUCGGAUGGACAAAUAGCGCAACCCUCGGUAGCGUGCUGAGUUACGUGUUCUAUUGGGUCUUGGUAAUCAUGGUGCUCGUGCGCAUGAAGUACAAAGAAGGUCGUACCAAGCUUUUUGGGUGGGAGUCUGCGGCAGGCACACGCAGGCGACUUGCAGGCGAAAAGCGUGCAGAGGAAGCUGUCGGUCAAACAGUCUCCCGUACCCGGGCCCCAAUAAGCACCACCCAAAGUCCACUCGCCAGUGUAGGUUCGCCACUAGAACUUCCCCUGUGAUGCCCACACCCUGGAGAAUUUCCAAGCGGAGACCCUCCCAAAAUUCCGCCGCUCGGCUCGUCGCAGUUCAUACAUGAACUGUCAGGCACUGUGGCAACUGCCACAUACAGGCAGAUAGGUACCAGGCAAGUUCUGCCGUAUAGAAACUCUGGAGCUCCGAUACCAUAAAUAUGUCGAAUCUGUACCUAUUGUAGCCUAUUGAUCAUGUAUAGAUGUGCUGGAUACAGCCCGCGUCCCAAUCCGCUGUUUAUUACUUGCAAUAAAUAUUUGUUCGAGUUUCCGUCUU